UUCACCAAAGGUUUCAAUAAAAGAUUUGAAGAUGGCGGAGCCACCACAGACAAUAUGGCAGAAGAUCGACAGUUCGAUUAUUCCCGUCGUAAAUCUAGAGGUGCGCGAGGUGCGCGAGAUACUGUGGGAGAAGAUCAAGGAGCCAACAUCCCAGAGGAAGAUCAUUUUAGUCAUAGUAGCCAUAGCUCUUCUCUUAGACAACAUGCUUUAUAUGGUCAUCGUGCCUAUAAUACCAGAUUACUUACGAUAUAUUGGCGCAUGGGGCGAGGCGGGUUACGACCACGUUGUAACUCUGGAUCCCAUACAAGUAGGAAACAAAACUAUUAUACCUACGAAAAUUAUACCAGCCUCACACGAAGGGCAAGACUCAGCAACCGGGGUACUCUUCGCCUCCAAGGCGAUAGUGCAACUCAUGAUAAACCCCUUUUCCGGUGCCUUAAUUGAUCGUAUUGGAUACGACAUACCAAUGAUGAUCGGACUCAUCAUAAUGUUUCUGUCUACAUCGAUAUUUGCUUGUGGUAGAAGUUACGGUAUGCUGUUCUUCGCGAGAAGUCUUCAGGGUGUAGGAUCCGCCUUUGCUGAUACCUCGGGGUUAGCAAUGAUCGCUGAUAGGUUUACUGAGGAGAACGAACGCUCACAGGCAUUAGGUAUAGCACUCGCAUUUAUCAGUUUCGGAUGCCUAGUUGCACCGCCCUUUGGAGGAGCCCUUUACCAGUUUGCUGGAAAAGAAGUACCUUUCCUUAUUCUCGCAUUGGUAUCCCUCUUGGAUGGAUUUAUGCUGCUUCUUGUAAUGAAACCUUUGAAGACACAGAUGAAAGAAGCAUCUGAACCUAAGACACCCGGCACACCAAUUUGGAAACUUCUGAUGGAUCCUUAUAUUGCCGUUUGUGCCGGAGCUCUGAUGAUGUCAAACGUCGCGUUGGCAUUUUUGGAGCCAACAAUAUCGUUGUGGAUGGAAGACAAUCUAACAAAGGACAAUUGGAAAAUUGGAAUGAUCUGGCUACCAGCGUUUUUCCCACACGUUCUCGGCGUGGUCAUAACAGUAAAAAUGGCGAAGAAGUAUCCUCAGCAACAGUGGCUAAUGGCAGCAGGUGGCUUAGCACUAGAAGGCUUAUGCUGCUUCAUAAUUCCAUUCGCAAACUCUUAUAAGAUGUUGAUGAUACCAAUUUGCGGAAUAUGCUUCGGAAUCGCUCUCAUUGAUACAGCACUAUUACCAACUCUUGGCUAUUUGGUAGACGUUCGAUACGUGUCUGUUUACGGAAGUAUCUACGCAAUCGCGGAUAUAUCCUAUUCCUUCGCAUAUGCCGUUGGACCGAUUAUAGCUGGAGAAGUCGUCGAAAUGAUAGGUUUCACCGCGCUGAAUCUCUUCAUUGCCUUCAGCAAUCUACUGUACGCUCCAGUUCUGAUGUACCUCAGACACAUUUAUGACUUUAAGCCGUUCGAAAAUGAAGCGAAUAUUCUAAUGGCUGAUCCGCCGGAUAAGGAGUACCAGACGUACAGCAUGCAAGACCAGAGGCCCGUGAAUGGUGAAUUUAAGAAUCACUUGGAGUAUAGCAAUGUUCAGCAAGACGUACAGGAGUCGAACGUGGACAGUUCAAGGUACGAAUACCAGGAAGGUUAUCAGAAUUAUUCUCAAGGGUAUGAACAGCAAGGCUACCAGCAAGAGACGUACAACCAGCCGCGGCAACUUCCCGCGCAGCCGCAGCCAACCGCAAGCAACCCCUUCAGAGCUGCUGCAGCCACCCCCGCGGCACCGGCUCCGUCACCAGGUCCCGCACCAGUGCCCGCACCAACACCGAAUCCCAUCAGGAACCCCUUCCGACAAGGCUUCUAGAGCUGUUUAGGAUUGUUGUCUAUAUUUUUGAAUUUACUUGUUGUGUAUUUAUAAAUGUCUUAUAGUUAACUUCGAUCACUGAGCCGCGUACACCUGGCGGCAUUGUUUAGUGUCUGACUAGAUGUCUAUUGUCUAACUGUGCUUACAAUUAACUGUAUUGUAGUGGAUUACCGGUGCCUACAAAAUAACACACUGUAUCUGAAGCCAGCCAUGCGUGUAAAGGUGUAUCUGUACAGUUACAUUUAUACAUGUUGUACGACCUCUCUGGCGCAGCGGUGAGCGCUGUCGUUUUAAGUUGGAGGUCCCGGGUUCGAUUCCUGGCAGGGGUAAUUUGUCUGAACUUUAUCUGAUCUGGUCUAGUGAGAGGCUAAUUACUAAUCUACCGACAAAGAUGAGCUUCCAGUUCGAUGUCGCGAGGAAACUAAUUAGGGGUAUGGAUUUAUAAUAACUGCCAUGCUCACUUACAAGUUAGCUGGCUACUAUUUAACCAGGUGAGGUUGCAUUCAAGGGCUGCCGAUAGCCAUAUGUUUUUUAAUGGCCUAACUUUAAAGCGAAAAAUAAAAACAAUUACUUUAUCCGCUAAGCUAAAUAAAGAAAGAGGAAACCAAAAUGAAGUUACGAUGAAGUUACGAUGAAGUUUGCCCAUGCAUAGACCUACAUAGUACCUAUUUAACUUGGAGUUUUUGAAAUUGUACUCUAGCAUAACAAUUGUUCCUUGUAUGUUUUAGUUCAUUUCUUUAAAUAUUUUAAACCUGUGUGAUAUAAAAAUCCCUAUGAAUACAUACAAAUAGCAUUACUCCCCUGCGCAGUUUUGUUUAAACAAUUGUCGAGUAUACCCUGUACCCCAUGGCUGAUGAUACCAAAUAUUAUAGUAAUAGAGACUGCAAAAUGUAGAUUCUUUGCAUCGAGUUAAUGUGUCUUUGUAGGCGGCUGUAACGUUUCUUGUUGAUAUUGUAUUGUUCAAAUAUACCUAACUGUUACAACUUCUCAGCGUUUUCUGUAUUAACGAAACCAUUUGGUUUUGAUAUUCAGAUAUCUAUUUCUCACUAGUUAUACCUAUUAUAACUUAAAUUGUAAUAUUAUAGACCUAUUAAAUAACUUGAAAUUUAAAUGUGUGUGUGUAGAAAAUUUACGUGAUUAAGUUGUAUAUAAUUCACUAAACCGAACAAGAUUGGCAGAUUAGAAAAAAUAGUGCUUUUAAGAUUUAUUGUGAAUGUGUAGGAAUAGUGUGGCGUAUACGGGAAGUUAACAGAAUAUAAUAUGCUAUGCGAAUAUAAGGCAGAUAUUAAAUGGAACAAAAUUAUUCUACGACUCGAAAAUUAUUUUAACAAUUUAUUUAUUUUAAAAAAACUGAUACCUACUCUGGUCCCACUAACAUUUGAUGAUAAUCGUCAAAGCCCAUCCCGUGUUGGAGCAGAGUGUUGGGUCAAUUCUCUGAAAUUCAUUCUCCUAUGGGAGAGGUACUUGUCUAACAGAGUGAGAUUAAGUAUUGGAAGAGGAUUUAUCUAUUUAAUAUCACCAGUCUAUUUUGGACACACCCUCCGUACGCUCAUGGGAAACUAUUACUCCUGUCAAUUAUUUCAACUCUAGUGAUUUAUAUAUAGCCGAAUCAGCAAUACUAUGCUAUCGAUGUA